GAGAAGUACAGGAAUCGGUUUUAUAAUUGAGAGUCUACGCCGACCCAAAAUCGAAACAGAUGGGGACUCGAGAAGUGUACGAGGAGAAGCUGAGAACAGGAAAUCUCCACCAUGAUCCCACCAUUAAACCCGGCCUCGGAUCGGCCCGCUGCCCCCGCUGCCUCUCUCUUUUAAACCCUAGUUCUGAAAACUCGGAAUGGGAAAUCACUCCAGUUCUGCACGAUGCCACUGCUGUGGUUGGCUCUGGACUUGGUGGGAUGCUAAGUGCAGUGCAUGCUUUCAACACAGGGAUCCCUUAUGUCCAGAAACAUGUGAAGGGGCCAAAGUGGCUUCCUUUUCUAAUUGGGCUUCCUCCUCUGCUAAUGUUAUCUACUGCUAGUGCUGCUUUUGGAGGCUACGCACUUCCAAAGUUCACUCAACUCACUGUGACAUCUUAUUAUGCUGCUUCAAGUGCUUCACAUUAUGGUUUAUCAUUGCUUACUAGGCACAUUGAAGAGGCCCACGUCUCCCGAACUCAACAUAAAGAACUUAGAUGAUCAGUUGCUGGUGCACAAAAUCUUCUUUAUUUGUUUCAGUUGUGUAAUGAACUCCACCUGUAACUGGAAGAAACAUGUGAAUCUAGCAUAUCUAUGUAUGCCUUUUCUUUUAAAUAGCGAGAGCAUUUCGUACCAACGUUGUUUAUGGCAAGUACUUCAACACUUCACAGGUUACUACAUGAAAGAUACAAAAAGGUUGUUCGAUUAAAUAUGUGGUAUGUAAUUUUUUUGAGAAUCUGAACUACUUUAGCAUUCACUUGUACA